AUGGGGAAGAUCUACAAAUUCUUAGAUGCAUUGAGGCCGAUGCUGAUGAUGGUGACGGUGCAGAUCGCUCUCGCCGGGGUUAAUAUCCUCUACAAGUUGGUGUCGAACACCGGCAUGAGCUUGCCCAUUUUGAUCGCCUACCGCUUCCUUUUUGCUAGCGCUACAGUUGCCCCUCUCGCCCUCAUCCUCGAAAGGAACACCAGACCGAAAUUGACUUGGAAGAUUCUCGGUCAAGCAUUUGCUUGUGGUCUGUUUGGGGGAACCUUGAAUCAAAAUUUAUACGCUGCGAGCUUAGUGGCGACCUCCCCAACAUUUAUCUCGGCUAUAUCCAAUCUUAAUCCCGCAUUUACCCUUAUCCUCGCUGUAAUUUUUCGGAUGGAAGCACUGGGAUUAAAGACAUGGACUGGUAAAGCAAAGGUGAUUGGAACAUUUGUGAGCAUAGGAGGGGCAAUGCUUUUGACUUUCUACAAGGGGGUUGAAUUCAACUUCUUGUCAACGAAGAUUGACUUCCUCCACCGGUGGGGACAAGUGGCAGGGACCAAACAAAAGUCCACCAACAAUGUUUUGGGACUUGUGUUGGGGCUUGGUAGCUGCUUAUCUUGGUCAAUCUCAUUGAUUUUUCAGACUCAGAUGUCAAAGUCAUAUCCAUGUCACUAUUCUAGCACUGUAUUGAUCUCAAUCAUGGGGUCUAUUCAAGGAAUUGUUUAUGCUCUUUGUAUCGAAAGAGAUAUGAGCAUGUGGAAACUGGGGUGGAACAUCACACUUUUUACAGCCGCUUACAUGGGCAUUGUUGCAUCAGGGUUAAUGUGGGUGUUUAUCAUGUCGUGUGUGAGGAUGAGAGGGCCGCUUUACGUGUCGAUUUUCAAUCCUUUGCUUCUCGUGCUCGUUGCCAUCGCAGGAUGCUUGUUCCUACAGGAAAAGUUGUAUUUGGGAAGUGUGCUAGGGGCUGUGGUGAUAGUAAUUGGAUUGUACUUAGUAUUGUGGGGCAAAGACAAAGAAUUGAAAAAAGCGAUCCGUUUGGUGGCAUCAAAGAGGUCCACAAAUCCCGCCAUCGAAGAAAGUGGAAGAAAAAGUUUUGGAGGAUUAAGUAAUUGUAGCAAUGUUAUUGUAGUUGCUCCAACGGUUGUCCCAGAAUCGGGGCGUGCAACUGUCUUUGUCUUGGAUGAGGGUCAAGAAGAAGAUUUAGAGGCUAAGGUUUCUAACACAAAAAUCAAGACUUAA